GGGAGCAGCGCGGUGCCAUUGUUCUCUGCUGGUGGAGGGAUGACGGGCUCCGGGCCGCGGCUCGGCGUGCUGCUGCUGCUGGCGGUGCUGCUGCAGACGCUGGUGGUGACGGUGACGGUGCUGCGCUUCACCGCGGCGCUCAACUCGAUGAAGGAGACCUUCGCCAGGAGCAGCGCGUCCUGCCUGACGGGCGGAGACCCGCGCAGCAUCACGGCGGUGCGCGGGGACCCGUGCUGGCAGGUGACGGAGCAGCUCCACCUGCUCAUCGAGAAGUCGCUGUCUCAGCGAUACCAGAAGCAGAUCUCAUCGGCCGUCAGAGACGAAGUGUCCCGGGUGCUGCCCUCGCUCGUGUCUGCGGACAAGGCUCCUCGCCCCAAAGUGGCUGCACACGUCACCGGAAGCUUUGUGCCCAAAGUGGAGCGAGAGGGAGGAGCUCCGGCCCCCGCCGGGCGGCGGGUCCAGGGCCAGAAGAUCUCGUGGUGGGAGGGGCACAAGGGGCUGGCCUUCCUGCAGGACGUCCUGCUGGUGGACGGGGAGCUGGUGGUGCCGCGGCCCGGCCUCUACUACGUCUACGCCCAGACCUACUUCAGACACACCCCCCCCCUGGAGGAGGAGGGGGGGGGCGACAGGGGCAGGCCGCUGCUGCAGUUCAUCUACAAAAAGGUGAGCUCCUACCCGGUUCCCAUCCUGCUGAUGAAGACCAGCCGGACCUCCUGCUGGUCCCGGGGAGCCGAGUUCUCGCUGUACUCCGCCCACCAGGGGGGGCUUUUCCCGCUCAGCGCUGGCGACCGGCUCUUCGUCACGGUGACCAACGCGUCCGCCGUGGACAUGGACGAGAGGAGCAGCUUCUUCGGAGCGUUUCUCAUCAGCUAGAGGACCACGAACGCAUCGUGGGAGCCUCUCGCCUCGCGGACCGAAGGCUUUGAGAGAAUCGACCCUUUGUGACCGGGGGGGGUCAGGGGGGGGGCAUCUGGACUUUAGCGAAUUAAGCUGAUAUUUUGUAUUUGAGGGUGUAUUAGUUCCUGGUGCUUUGACGUGGCCAGAACCGCUGCAUUCUGUGUAGUGACCAGCAGGGGGCGACUCCUCUGCUCCCAUAGACGUCUAUGAGGAAAUGACUCUACUUCUGUGUAGUGACCAGCAGGGGGCGACUCCUCUGCUCCCAUAGACGUCUAU